AUGGGUUUGGUGGGAAAAAAGAAAGGCCAGAAUCCCCGGACUUGUGACCUGUAUGAAGUUGACUGCCAGCAAGGUGGAUGCGUGGGUUUGGACCGGUUGUGUGAUGCUACUGAAGACUGUAGAGAUGGCCUAGAUGAACAAGACUGUGAUUCUGUCAGCAUCUGUUCCUUUGAUGAGGGAUGGUGCGACUGGGUGCCUGAGAACAAGACCCUUUCCUGGGCAAGGAACUCCAGCCUCAACAUGACCCCGUCUCCCGCUUUCCCCACACGGGACCACAGCACCAACAGUCAGGAAGGUUACUUUGCCUUUGUCAGCAACAGCUCCCAGAACCCACAAGGAGGGACAGCAAGGCUGAUCAGCCCAACCCUGGAAGUAAACAGCAAUGAUUCCUGCACACUGGUGCUGUACACCCACCUGUAUGACUCUAACAGCCUAAAGAUCUACUAUCAAACAGCAGAAUCGAUGCAGCUCAUCAAGAGUCGGACUGGCGAACUGAGCAACUACUGGUUCCGAGAGCAAGUGGUUUUCAAUGUGUCAGGGGAGUUCAAGAUUGUCAUUGAGGGGGUGAUUGGAACGGGCCAUGCUGGGAGCAUUGCACUGGAUGAUCUGAUCCUGUCUCCUGGCUGCAUAAAGCAUGCACAUGAGCUUCCUGUCAGCCCUGAGUUGGAAACGCACAGCCCCUGUCCCAUGGACCAGUUUGUGUGUGACAAUAAGACAUGCAUCGAUGCGGAGCUGACCUGUGACUUUAAGGCAGACUGUGAUGAUGGCUCUGAUGAAGAGCAUUGUGGGUACUCUUUUGGCCUGCAGGAAGCCCCAGGACAGAUGUUCUCACUGGCUAGGGCCGUCACCCCUGUAUUGGGUCCCUCGGGGUUGGCCUGCGCUCUGGAGAUGGACUUCACCAUUGGACCUCAAGGGUUUCUGGCACUGGCUGUUGCAGACAAGAGCCUGGGAACUCACCAGAGAGUGUGGUCUGCUUCGGGAAAUGGCACUGCGGUGCGGGCACAGGUCACGGUGUUUCUUGGCGUGAGAAGCAGGCCCUUCCAGCUUGAGCUGCUGGGUCUGGAGAACCUCAGAGGGACCAGGAAUCCCCUUCUCUCUGUCAGGAAUAUCACGUUUGUGCAGUGUGGUGCCAGCCAGGUGCUAUCGUCAGGACUGUCCUGCAACUUUGAAACAGACUGGUGCCACUGGUUCAUUGAACAGAGUGAUGGCUUUGAAUGGGAGCGACGUGAGGGAGGGAUGGACCACACAACCGGCGCAGGCCAUUACCUCUUGGUGGAUCCUUCUGUCCGCAGCUCUCUCGGUUUCAGUGCUCGUCUGGUUUCUACCCUCCAAGCCCCUGCUGAUCAGGGGCAGUGCCUUUCUUUCUGGUACCGCAUGGAUGGUCCCCAGAUCGGGACUCUAAACCUGAAGGUGAAGCGCAGUGAAGAACCAGAGCAAGUCCUGUGGACCAGAACAGGGAGCCAUGGUGCUGUGUGGCACCGGGGACUCUCCAGCAUCCCCCACCAGCCUGCUCAGAAUUAUCAGGUGAUCUUCGAAGCCAACCGGGAUGGGUUCUUGGGUGCAAUGGCUCUGGAUGAUAUCACAGUGACGCUUGGAGACUGCAGUGCGCAAAAGCAUUGCUUCUUUGAGACCAAUGACUGUGGGUUUUUGGGUACCAAGCAGCACCCAUGGAUACGGCAGACUGGCACAGGAGGACAGGGCCCUCUGACAGACCACACCCUGGGCACACCAAAAGGACAUUACAUGAUCAUCAACUGCAGCGCGAACACCUUGCCACUGGGGCAAAAGGCCACUUUACAGUCCCCAGCCUUCCCAUCUCUGCUUCACACCCAUUGUGUGAUGUUCUGGUAUUACCUGAACAGCAGUGACCCAGGGUCCUUGACUGUGCAUGUGGAGGAGAGGGGCACACAAAGGAAGAUGCUGAGCAUCAACGCAAUGCAAGAGGAGGCGUGGCACUAUAGUAACUUCAGUGUCCAGGUCCAAGAUGAAUGGCGGGUGGUGUUUGUGGCAGAAGGUGCUGGAGGAGGCUCCUCCUCCUACAUCGCCAUCGAUGACUUUCAUGUGAAGGAAGGGACCUGCCCUAAAUCAGGCUCUUGUGAUUUUGAGUCCGGCAUGUGCGGAUGGAGCAAACCCCGUGGAGACUGGUACAGCUGGGACUGGAAGGAAGGGGCCACCCCUCUGCAGUCCCCAUCCCCCAAGGAGGACCACACCCUUGGGAGUGAAGCAGGUCACUAUGCUUACGUUGACAUCGGGGUGCUGGGGAUGGGCAGAAACGCGGCUGGCCUCGUAAGCGAACACCUUCCAGCUACCACUGGCUCCUGCCUCCAAUUCCGAUACCACAUGGAUUUCAGGGAACAAAGCUGGCUCCCCCUCCCUUAA